AAAAAACAAGAACAUCCAGCGACAAAAACGCUUUGACCGGAGAGUGAUGCCGUCGUCUGCAGCUGAACCGGGAAACGCAGAGUAAGAUGAGACGCCCGGCCGUUUAGCGGCGAGUCCCGCUGCACCUCAUUCCGUUCGAGGCAGACGAGGGUUGCGCGUCGUCGCAAGGAGCGGUGCGGGACAUGGACCCAGCGACUGCGGGAAUCGGGAGUGAUGGAAGCCCGACAGAGGCAGCGGCCGCCGGAUCCAGUCUGCAGCUUGACUUUGAGGACACUGAUUCAGCCCAGAAGGCUCAAAUAACAGAGAUGCCUUCCCUGUUUGGAACAGAACCAAGUCGUGAGAAGAAGAUCGGCCACAGGAGAGUAGAUGCCCAUGGAGAGACAACAUAUAAAAAAACCACCUCUUCUGCCUUGAAAGGGGCGAUCCAGCUGGGGAUUGGAUAUACGGUUGGCAACCUCAGCUCCAAGCCUGAGAGAGAUGUCCUCAUGCAGGAUUUCUACGUGGUGGAAAGCAUCUUCUUCCCUAGUGAAGGCAGUAAUCUCACUCCAGCCCAUCACUACCCAGACUUCAGGUUCAAAACUUACGCCCCCGUGGCCUUCCGCUACUUCAGAGAGCUGUUUGGGAUCCGGCCAGAUGACUACCUGUACUCCCUGUGUAAUGAGCCACUGAUUGAGUUGAGCAAUCCGGGAGCAAGCGGCUCCAUAUUCUAUGUGACCAGUGAUGACGAGUUUAUCAUCAAAACCGUCCUGCACAAGGAGGCAGAGUUUCUGCAGAAAUUGCUCCCUGGAUAUUACAUGAACUUGAACCAGAACCCCCGCACUUUGCUGCCCAAGUUUUUUGGCCUUUACUGCGUCCAGAGUGGAGGCAAGAACAUUCGAAUAAUUGUGAUGAACAAUAUAUUGCCACGCUCGGUUCGCAUGCACCUCAAAUUCGACCUCAAGGGCUCGACGUAUAAGAGGCAAGCAUCCAAGAAGGAAAGGGAGAAGUCCAAGCCCACGUUUAAAGACCUGGAUUUUCUGAGUGAUGUUCCGGAAGGCCUCACUUUGGAUCAGGAAAUGUACAGCGCUUUGCUCAAAACACUGCAACGGGACUGCCUGGUUCUGGAAAGUUUUAAAAUCAUGGAUUACAGUUUGCUGCUUGGCGUUCACAACCAAACCCUAGCAGAGAAAGAAAUUCAGUCCCAGGGCUCACCAGCAGGAGGCGGCGACGAGAAGAAGCCUGCAGGACAGAGGGCUCUCUAUUCCACUGCUAUGGAGUCCAUACAGGGCGGGUCCACAUGCAGGGACGCACUGGAACAUGAUGACACUAUGGGAGGUAUACCAGCAAUGGGAAGUAAAGGAGAGCGCCUCCUGCUGUUCAUUGGGAUUAUUGACAUUCUGCAGUCCUACAGACUGAUUAAAAAAUUGGAACACUCCUGGAAGUCUCUCAUCCAUGAUGGAGACACAGUGUCGGUCCACAGACCUAGUUUCUAUGCGGAGCGGUUCUUCAAGUUCUGCAGCACAGUUGUGUUCAGGAAAAGCUGCUCAUUACGACCAUCUCCAUCUAAGAAAGGUCGAGGGGCCCUGUCAGGCUCCAAGUACAGUGCUGGAGGCGGCUCGUCCGGUCAACGCCCCUCACUGACUGACGAAAGGCAGGAAAACCUGGAGAACUUGGAGAACCUCAGAGGAGCCCGCAGCUUUUCUAUACUGGAAGAGAAUGGUAAAGAGCCGCCUGGCACCCCUCCGUCAUUUGAAGACGCAACGACAGCAUCUAUUGCAACUACGCUGUCAUCUAACAACUCUUUACCAACCACUCCCUUUGAUACUCCAGAACAUCCACGCCCCAGAAGACAAAUGCAUUCACCAAAUAUAGUCAGAUCACAAAAAGAGCUGGUUGAGGUUCACGGCGAACGUCAGGACACUAUAACUGUGGAAGUGGAGCUGAGCAAGAUCCCACAGAGUACGGAGCUGACGCAGAGGACAGAAAUCACGUCCUCCAGCCAACAAUCACUCAGUCAUCAAACUUGUACAGUAGCUUCGUCCGCCCCCAGCACUACAUGUUCAACCUCUGCAUAUUCCUCCGCUACUCUUCCUCCUUCCUUUGCGUCAUCCUCCUCUGCUCAAUGUGCUGCCCAGUCAUCCUCUACGCUUUCUUCAUCCAUCCGUCCGUCCACCAAACCGCUCACCUCUCCAGGAAACGCUCAGUCUUUAACUCUCUCCUCUCCAAUCUCUGACUCAAACGCAAAAUCUGUUCAGCUCUCCGGUUUGUCUCCGAACGCCUCCGCUCUCACUGCUGCCUCAGCGUUCACCCCCAUUCACCCCGCAUCCACUAGCUCCUCUCAGCAUUUUCCCUCCAUGCCUCCCUUUUCAGCCCCUUCAAGCCCCCAGUUGCCUCAGGAAGAACCGCGUACUUCACAAAAGCAGCUUUCGGUGUCCAGCAGCCACAGCUCCUUGGAAGCGGAGGUGCAGGUCUCUGACAUUUACUUUUAUGCAGAUGGAAGAUACUGGGUGUAUUCUCCAGUUCUUGGCCGCCGUAAACUUAACUCUAGUUCAAGUUACAAUGCUCAGGAGGACCAGAGCUGUGGUUUUUCUCCUUUCCACUGCAGCUCUGAGUCCAGAAGAGACUCAGAUGUGGACAGUGAAACAUAAUUUCAGUCGAAGGCAGCGGCAGUGGGUGGAGCCAGAGGCUUUCUCCUCACACAAAAGCUGUGAGGGUUUAAUGAUAAAGGCAGCGGGACACUGAUGAUUUACUGCUGGCUGCUAAAGUUGCAUGUAGGAGUCUGCUUUGCUUAUAGGAAAUCUUAUUAUCUGGCAAACAGCUGAAAGAAUGCAGCUUUGCAUUAUGCAUUCGAACCGAUGUACGGAGAGAUUUACUGCUAAUAAAGUGGAAGUCUACAAUGUAGCCACAAUCAGGACAAUUUGUUCAUACAGAAGUAGAGAAACGUAUGAAUCUUACAGUACAAUCAGCUCAGUAGCACUGUGAACAAUUGUGAUAAAGCUCAUGCUUUUAACAGCAUCAUCAUUGUCAAGAUUCAAACGCCAAUUUAACUCCCACAACAUAAAUAUUGUGUCAAUUAAUUUAAAUUUAAUUUCAGUGCAAACCCCACUGUUAUUAUUCUUUUAAAAGCCAAAAGUCUCUGUAUAAGUAACAGCUUGGUUGCAGAGGGAGCAGCCGAAGCAAGGUGAAUCAAACAUUCCUUUCCCCAGCUCUGCCUAUGCAAUAUGUGUUAUCGAUUCCUCCUAUUGACUCACUUGUAAUUAGCUUGGACUUCAUUGUGCAUUUGUUUUAACUAGAGGGGAGUCAGCUCUGUAUAAUUUGAUUUUAGCACUUUAACCAUGUCUAUGAUUGAUCUUAGCACACACACACUCAGACACAGUGUAUUUCCUUUACAGUGGUCCUCCAGUGGUGUGUCGUGGUUCAUUAAAAAAAAAAAAAUAACAAUAACAAAAAAUGAUCUGGAAGCAAGUGGUUUUGUUCAAAUUGCCUUAUCAACUAACUCAUUAGCUUAUUUUUUCCUGAUAGAAGCAUAAAAAAAUAUGACUUAAGAAUUCAAAUAUGGACAAAAAAAAUAUUGGUAAGUAAAUACCAAAUAUUAGUAGCAGGGUAAAAGUAUGAUAGGAGGAGAGACAAAAAAAUAAGAUAAUAAAAUGUCUUUUGUAAAUCAUCAGUUUUCAUGUGCAUAAGGACAUGCAUGUAAGUGUGUACAUGUUGUGUUGUGUGUGCAUGUGUUUGCAUGUCUUCAGUGUUCGAUUGAGAGAUGCACAUGUUGAUAUUUUUCCCUAUGUUCUCUUUUUGUCAAAUUCUCAAAAGGUGUUGUAACAAGUCAUGAAAUUCAGCAGCAUCUCAAUAAAUAAAAGGAAAUCUGUGUAAAGUCAACUUAUUUCAGUAACUUGGCUUGAAAAGUGAAAAUCAUAGAUUUAAUGCACUCUGAAGAAUUUAUUUUAAAAGCUUAUUCUUACUAACUUUAUGAAAGCUAAUGAAACCCAAAAUGUUUUUAUUUUUUAUUUUUUUUUUAGAAAAGCUGAAUUCUACUUAAAACCAAUAAAGAUACUUUAUCGUAGAAAUAAUUUAUGUAAUGGCCUGGACAGUCUUGGAGAAGAUGGCUCACACAGUUGUUCAUUAUUGACGCCUAUAAACAGGAUACACUACAAUGUGUCAUUGUUUAAUAAAAUGCCUGUAUCCAAGUACGUUAAAUGAAAGUUGAGUGGAAGGAAAAAGUGUGGAGAAAGACAAUUUUAGAUUUUUAUAAUCAUACCCACUAGUCCACACAAGGCUGCGCUAUCUCAGCUGGUCAUUAGAUGAGAGGUGGGGUGCUUCCUGCAGUCCUGAAGGCCUGGUUGUCUGUCACAUGGAUAGGUUGCCACUCCAACACAAAAAACAACCUGGCAUUUGCAUUUACAUGCUAAAUGGUAAUUUAGAGAGAGCGUUUAGCCUAGGGUUGAUGAAUCUGGUCUCUAAGAGGGAGACUGGUCCUGACUGGUAUGCGCCCAGUCAGGGUUUUAGCAGAAGCAUUUUUUUCUUCCAGGCCUCAGGAUUAGCAAAAGCUAGCUUUCAUAAUCAUCAAAUUCAAAGUAGAACAAGCUGAUAAUACUCUGUAUGUUUAUAUGUUUAUCAGUUUCCCUUUUUGAAUGGAGUUACUGACAUAAAGUGUCUUUGCAUUCCAAUUGACUGAGUUUUACUUUUUAUUUUAAUCACCUGGUUUUCAUACUUUAGCUGUCAAGAAAAAUAAAAUGCAGUUGACCAAUUGUUUAAUGGCGAAUGAUACUUCAUAACAUAUGCAGAAAUGGAAACUCUUCAGUUUUCCAGACAGUUUUUUUGGCAAUACGUCUUUCUUGAACCGUGACCUGCUGAAACAACAGGGAACCGAAUCCCUGUCUGAGUUUCUGUUUCUACUGUAUCAUUUGAGUCUGCCGAUGUUGACUUGCCUGUUUGUGGGCAACAGUGUUUGUAGAUUAUCACUGUGAUAAAGUAAAUAAAAUAAAAUUAUGUUGUCUAAA